UUUUACGGGCUAAAAAUAGCCUUCGAAAAACACCCGCCGCCAUUUUGCCUCUCAUUUCGAAUUUCGUCAACCUCCAGCACAAGCAGCAUGGCAACCCAAGCCGCCACCGACGUCGCCACCGACGUCAAGGUCGAGAUCGAGCCCGAGGUGGCCAAGCCAUCGGAAGCCAUUGCGGAUGUCAAGGUCGAGAUCCAGCCCGAGGCCACCAACCCAUCGGAGAAAGCCAAGGCCGGCAAGAGCGACCAAAAGGUCGCGCCGACCAAAGAUUACCGCGCGCCGGACGCACGCCCCGACUACCACGUCGUGUGCUGCGAGAACUCGUGGGGCGAUAUUUUCUUCAUUCCGUUCCAGACGCUUCUGCUCUACGGCUUCAUGAUUGGCUUUUCGAUCCUUGUCGUCCAAGGCACGUACAUGUCGACCAUCUCGCAGGCCGCGCUGUGGAUCUACUUUUUCGCGUGGGCCGCCGGCGUCGUGUACCUCAGCGUGACGAUUGCGACCGCCGACUGGGAGACGAGUCUCAAGGCGAAGCUCGCGGCCAAGAUGGCGGCCGACGAAGGCGCCGUCAUCGAGUAAUCUAGGAUCCUAGCACUUUAGAUAUAUAUGAAUCAAUAGCCCUUUGCUAAACGACAGCGGAAGAAGCAUGCCGCGCAGCGACGUCAAAACAAUGAUCCAUUCAUUUCAUGGCCAU